CUCCUUCUUUUUUUUUUUUGGAGCGACUUCCAUUAGCUUACCUACGUGCAUCAUGAGACAAAUGCAGCAGCAGAUGACAUAAAGUCUGAGUUUGUUCAUGAGUUGGUGAAGCUACUGGGGAAACUUGUUCACCGAGCUCCUCAUUUUGUUGGGUCCCCUCACCUUAAUUUGUACGCCACACCCAGCCGGUGCAGAGCCUCUCCUUGCGGCCCCCUGCGGAGGUCAGGAUGGGCUCCCUGAUGUGGACACCGGGAGCUCUGCCUGCUUGGAAAGCCACUAUUUUCCUUUUCAACAUAGUUUCAGCCGCUCUGGCCAAAAGACACGUCGUGUACUGGAACUCUACAAAUACCAGGUUAACAGAGGGAGAACUGUCCGUGCAGGUGAGUCUGAAUGACUACCUGGACAUCUACUGUCCCCACUAUCCCAACAAGGGGACCCUAGGCUCUGGGCAGCAGGAAACAUUGGCACUCUACCUGGUGAAAGAGGCGUCUUUCCAGGGCUGCGUGGAGACUAGGGGGUCCAUCAAGCGGUGGGAGUGUAACACCCCCAACGCUCCAUUUGGACCAGUGCGCUUCUCAGAGAAGAUCCAAAGAUUCACCCCCUUCUCGCUGGGGUUUGAGUUUCUGCCAGGGCACCACUACUAUUAUAGCUCUCUACCCACAGAUGAAGGCCCUCCACUGCCAUGUAUGAAGCUGCGUGUCACCGUGUGUUGUGAGCCCACAUCACAGGGUUCACAACGAACACAAGUAAAUACACCUAGAGGUGGUGUUUGUUCACUGUCAACGGCUUCACUUCAAUCCCUCCUCAUCCUCGUCCUCCUGCUGACUUCCUGAGUCGCUCAUCCGUCCCCACCGCUGACCUUGCACCUGCUCUCCGUGGGAACGGGAGUUAUUACUCAGACAUUCAAUUACAAGUACAAUGCAAUCUAUGCUCAGACGGUGAAUGAUACAAUGCAAUCAUUGCUAAACUCUUGCAAAUGACACAUAUUACCUUGUGGCUGUUUACCUGUGAAAUUCCAGAAAGAAUCAGGUGUCUUCUUGAAAACAACACUCACAGUGACUCAGGGACAGACACACUGAAUCACAGUGAUUAUUUCUUGGUAGUUUCUCCCAUUUGUACAAGUUGUACUGCCGAAUAUUACACACCGAGUGAGGCAAAGUCAUAAGACUCAUAUCCCACUCUGAUGCCAAAAGAACAAUGAGUCUGCCAGAACUUGUUCCGGCAAAGUUUUCUCGCUUUUUCAUCUCUGUUUCUCAGUCCGUUUCUCAUUUUCUACUUAUUUUGUUGUAUUUACCACUUUUCUAGUACUUCCCUCCAGUUGAAAAGCGGCCAAAUGAACACGUACUACUGCACUGAGUGGCUCAGGUUGGAGGUCAAUCAGUUAGCUGGUGACUUCUUGCAUUUUUUCUGAGAGAUGACUAAUUUUUUAAGCUGCCUCAUUUGCACCUGAGAAAGAUAAAUGUGUCAAAUGUUUGUAACUACUUAGAAUUGUAACUACUUUUGGAAUUGAACGCGUUUUAGUAGGAACUGGGGAAUAUUCUGGAAUAAUGAGGCAGGGCUGCUGCGCCCCCUACUGGGAUUAAACUGGUUGGACUGGAGUUGGACUGGUUUAGUUUAUAGUUUAUAACUCAGAAACUGGACGCUCGCCUCGUGCUGCAUGAUAAUAAUGGGACCUGGGACAGAGUUUGUCCUUUCUGAUUGGACCCCUUGUUGUUCCGCUUCUCCACCCCUCUCUUUGGGUCAAAAUAAAAAUGCAGGACAGAGGGACUUAUGGGUAAAGAGCCAGCAUCAGCUCGCCUCGCUCCACUGAUCAUACUGUGGACCACUAUGGAGGCUGAUUGCUUGAUGCUUCUGUUGACCAUUCAGGUGUGCACACAAUAUGUACACAAGCUUUUUGUUCGUUGUUCUUUUUAAUCAUUGUAUUUUGUUAUUUUUGGGUGUUUAUUUUGUUUUUUGUUUUUUUACACAAGAUCCUUGAUGUUUAGGUGUUAUAGUUAAUAUAUUCUGCAAAAAUAUGUAUAUUAACUACACUAUUAAAUGUUUUAGCAACAGCUUUGCUCUUAAGUGCAAAAGUCUGACGAAAACUACUUUUUUGAACAUAAUCAAUAUUCUGGAUAUAUAUGUACGGACUGGUUUGUUUCAAUAUGCUCUGCUGCAAUGCAUUCCCAAACUAAAUGAAUCUGUUGUGGUAAUUAUUGCAUUUUUGCCAAAUUAUUUUUGAGAAAUCACUCCAAUUAACUGCCAUAAAUUAAGGAAAAAAAU